GUGUGUCCUUUCGUAUUGUUGACGAUAAGCCAUGAUCGCGCUAACGUGAUGAGGGAAUAAACAUUUCUGGCUGACCACUUCGCCUUGACCAGUGCUAUAAACUACUCAGUACCAAAGUAACUAGAGCAGAAUGGCGGCGGCAGGUGGUGGUAUCUCCACUCACCUUUUCGUGGCUGCCAUAGAUUUUGGUACAACGUACUCUGGAUAUGCCUUUUCUGCCAAAGACGACUUCCGAAAGGAGCCACUGAAGAUAAAUGCCAAUGUUUGGAAUGCUGGUGCGCGGUCGCUGAUGUCGCAUAAGGCACCAACAGCGCUGCUCCUCAACCCUGACAAAACCUUCAAUUCCUUUGGCUAUGAAGCUGAGAAUAACUUCUCACAGCUAGCAGAGGAGGGUGAACACAAGGAUUACUACUUUUUCCAUCGUUUCAAGAUGUUUCUAUAUAACAACAAGAAUUUACAUAGAGAAACGACAGUCAAAGAGGAGGGAGGCGAGCGAACGUUGCCAGCAUUAGAAGUGUUCUCCCAUUCCAUCCGGUACCUAAAAAACCAUUUAGUGGACAGUAUACAAAAAAUGGUGACUGGAAUUCACGAUAAUGACAUUAAGUUUGUACUGACAGUUCCGGCAAUAUGGGACGACAAAGCGAAACAAUUCAUGCGGGUAGCAGCCAAGAAAGGAGGUAUCAAAGAGACACAGUUAGCUAUAGCUUUGGAACCAGAGGCGGCAUCCAUCUUUUGUCAGCACCUUCCAGUGGAGAGAUCCGGAGCCGGAAAUGAAAGUUUCCUCAAAGGGGCCAAAUCUGGGACGAGCUAUAUGGUGUUGGACUUGGGAGGUGGAACUGCUGACAUCACUGUCCAUCGGCGACAACUUGACGGGACACUGAGAGAACUACUUCCUGCAACAGGAGGUGCAUUUGGUGGGAAAUCUAUCGACGAUGCCUUUAGUGCUUUCCUUGCAGACAUUAUUGGGGAGGACAGUCUGAAAAAAUUACAGAUGGAGGCCAUGGAGGAUUACAUUGACCUUUUCCGAGAAUUUGAAACAAAGAAAAGAGCAAAUUUUCAAGACAAGCCAGGGAAAGUAUCAGUUACAAUGCCUGUAGCUCUGAUGGACAUAGUUAAGAAAGACCUCAAAGGAAAAACAAUGGAGGAUGUUGUGAAGUCAUCUCCACAUGCGGAAGAUGUCCAGUGGGGAAAACAAAAACUACAGAUUUCAAAAAAACGAUUCCAAGGACUUUUCGGUCCAACUAUAACUGGAAUCAUUAAACACAUGGAAGGCAUAUUGAAUGAAGAAAAGUUCCAAGAUGUGGAGAAUAUACUUAUGGUUGGGGGAUUUUCGGAAUGUGAACUUGUCCAAAAUGCAGUCCGUGGAAAGUUUGGUAAGAAGCGGAUUAUCGUUCCAGAUGAGGCUGGCCUGGCUGUGCUUAAGGGUGCAGUUCUCUAUGGUCACAUGCCCAAGGUAAUCAGCAGCAGGGUGGCACGUCACACCUAUGGAAUACAGAGUUGGCCAGCAUUUGAUCCUCUCAGACAUCCUGCUGAAAAGAAGGUUGUUAUCAAUGGAGUUGCUCGAUGCAAGGAUGCAUUCUUCAAGUAUAUAGAAAUCGGACAGCAAGUGACCCCUGGCCAUACGGAGUCGCAAGUGUUCCAGGCGCUUAAACCAGACGAGGCUACCCUAGAAUGUACUGUAUAUGUAUCAGACCAAAGGGACCCUGUCUUUGUAGACGACGGGGGGUGCACGCGAUUGGGACUCCUCACAGUUCCCCUAGACCCUAACCGUAGAGGAGCAGUUGAGGUGGAGGAGACGCUUGUAUUUGGAGAAACUGAGCUUCAUGUGCAGGCGAAGGACAUGGCCAAUGGAAACAUGUAUGAGGCUCGCUUCGACUUUUUGGGUGAAGGUUUUUAGAGACUUUUUGGGAAUACAAAAUCAGAGGCAAGGUGAUUACGAAGGAAGCACCUGAUUACGGACCAGAUGUGACCUAGUGGGAGUGGUUUAUUCAGUCAUACCAUGUGACCUAGUGGGAGUGGUUUAUUCAGUCAUACCAGCGUUAUAGGGAUCAAAUGCUUCCUACAAAAGGAUUUUCUUGAACAGACAUACAAUAAUUGGGGGUGUUCUCAUGAUCAGUUCCCCCACUUUUUAGAGAACAAAGAAAAGUGUUGAUGUAUGAAGACAGGUAAUACACUAGGUAAAUACGGCCAAUACUACUCAGAAACAGACUAUGAUCCUUCUUACAACAUUCUUCUCUCCAUGUUAUUUUAAAAAGUGGGGGAACUCAGAGAACAUGCCGAUAAUUGCACAGUAUCUUGGAUAAGAACAGUUUCCCAAAGAGAAUUAGCCUUUACAAUUACGAAUUUUACAAUAAUUAACUAAAACUAUGAUCUUUUAAUAGGUAUGGUAAGACACCAGCAUUAUGUGUCUAAUAAUAUAUAUACAUAAUUCAUGCAUUCAUAAGCUGAUUGUGAUUUUACUUGACUGAAAUACAGAAUAUUGAAGGUUGAAGAAUUAGAAAUACAUGUAGUGUUAUAAUGAAGUGGAUAUGAUCUAAUGUUGGAAAGAGUAAGUAUGUAUACAUGUACAAGAAAGAUAGAUUGGGAAAAUUUGAUGAAAAGAAAAAAAAAUCAUGAUAAUGUGUGAGAGAGAAAGAAAGUAACUCCCACAGGUAAUGGGUAUAUUUAUGUUAAAAAUAUACAUGUUUACUUUCUAGAAGAAAAAAAAGCAAUAUUUAUGGAACGUUUAUCGCAUUUUAACCCAAGAAAGCUGAACUUAUAUUGCAACCAAUGCAUGUAAUGUCUGUUUUGCAGUGACCGAAAUUCAAAAUGAUUCUCUCGGAUGAUGAAUUACGUGAAAAUUGGUGCCAUAUGCCAAGUAAAACUUAAUUUUGGCAAUCAAUGUAGCUUCUAAUACAGUGUUGUUGAAUGUUACUGUUUAACACUUUCACCCCUAUAUAACUUUAGUAGACUCUACCAUGCAUUGAUAUGGAUGAGUCCAUUUUAGUCAAGUGGUGUUAACCCUUUUCACCAUUGUAGACCACAAUGGACUCAUCCAGAUCAAUGCAUGGUUGAGUUUACUAAAGUUGCAUAGGUGUGAAAGGGUUAAAACAGUGUAACUUUAUAUGAUAUAAAAACUGGAGUUAUAUACUGCUUGCUUUGUUAUUCAUUUGUAUGUUGGUAGCUACGAAUGUACAUUAAUAAGAUGACUGCCAUACAAUGUAAGGCAUCACACAGCUCUU